AUGGACGCACCCGAUUCUGCAUCACCGAACCUAAUAAGAGAUCUAAUCUGCCUGGAGUACUCACUAAGUAAAAUACUAAACGACUCACCUCGAACGCCUUGGAAACAGGUAUUGCAAGUAUGUCAAGAAGUUCUUCUGAGUGGAGACAAUAAAACAAAUCAUUUGGUUCAGAGGAAACUUAUUGCACAGCAGAUACUACAUUCGAAUGCGGAACUUACUCCAGAUAUAGAAAUAGAUGCAUCGAUAAAACGCAAAGUCCAAACAGUCAUCUCGAGACUCAAGAGUACUGGCUUGGACGAUUUGUCCAUUGAAAACAUAUGUUCCAAAUCAAACUUUGAGACAGAGGUUACAGAGCCGAAAUUACCUACCCCACCUUCUGAUGACGUACUAAUAGAUUUCGACACCGACGAUACAGAUAAUACACCUAAAAGAGUGCAUCAGUUGUGGACUCCACAAGAAGAUGAAUUGUUAUGGAAAUUGAGAGUGGAACAAGCUUUGAAAUGGGACAACGUUUUGCCAUUUAUGGGUAAACGCUCUCUUAGUGCUUGUGAACUCAGGAUUCACCGUAUAAUGCGGACUUUCACAAAACAACCGCAGUCCGAGUCCAAACUGGAGGAGGAGGAAGAGGAAAAAGGUCUCAAUAUGAAUGAAAAAGAGUCUAUGGACGUAAACAAUACGCAAAAGAAUCCAAUAGAGGAUGGAAACCCGGUAUAUGAAUGGAGUCAAAAGAAGGAUCAGUUAUUAUGGGACUUGAGAGCCAAGGAACUUUUACCAUGGGAUGAGAUUGGGUCCCACUUUGAGAAUUUCACAGUAACCGAUUGCAAAGAAAGAUUUGAUCACAUAUUCCCAACAUUUUUGAAAAAACAUGUCCCACUGCCCAAAAGGAAGGGUGUUGCAAGUAAGAAAUGGACCUCAGGAGAGGUGGACUUUUUGCGUGAGUUGAUCUUUGAACGAAAUCUCGAAAUGAAGGAUGUAUUUCAUUUCUUUCCAAAUCGGUCAGAAUCAGGUGUCAAUGCGAAGUUGUGGGAUAUGCGACAAAAAGGCAUCGCUCCUAAGCUGAAAGAACCACCAUCUCAUUGGCCCACUACCCAUAAAAAAAGUACUGACAAGGAUCAACAAACCAAGACCAAAGAAACAACAGAUGUGCGUCGUAAUUGGACUAAUGAGGAAGACGAACUAUUAUGGAAGUUGACAACGGGCAAUGAUCCUGAUUGGGAAGAAAUGUCACUCAAAUUCAAACAUCGUACACCAAUUGCAUUACAGAAUAGAUACCGCCUCUUAAUACCAAAAUUCAUAAAAGGAGAGCCAACCAAUAGCAGAUCAUUAUUGCAAUCGCAGAUACGACCAAGCAGCAGAACCUCAACCCCUUCUCAACGCAGAGUUCCAUUACCUGGCAAGAGGCAAGUGGGACCCAAGUGGACACUAGAAGACGAGAAAUUGCUAUGGAAACUCAAAGUGGAACAAGGUGUAGAAUGGGAAGAUAUCUACCCCAAAUUUCCAACGAGGUCAAGACAAGCAAUUGAGACAAAGUAUUAUGAACUCAGAAAGAAAGGUGGAAAAGAUUUCAAAGUGAAAAAGUCAUUGAAGCCACUUGAACCUACGCGCAAAGAAAAGAACGUCAGGAGCACAGCUACAACCAAACGACAAGUCAAACCAGCUUACGAACCGUCAGAGGACGAAAUAUUACGCGACUGUAUCGAGCAUGAUCUUACAAGACUGAACUUGUCAAUUUGCUUUCCAAACAAUAGCAUUGAGAAUAUACGCACACGCAUUGAAAGUCAUCCAAAUUUUGUUCAAAAUUCCUUAACAAAAGGAGAGAAAUUGAUGUUGACUGAACAAGUGCGUAAUGAAGAUGCUGUUGAAAAUGUUUACUACCAUUACCCAUUGAGAUCAAACUCGUUUAUUGACCUGAAAUACAAGGAAAUUGCGUAUGCAAGUCUGAGAAAAAUGAAAUUCAAAACUCUCCAGGAAAGGUUGAUGUAUGAAGCUGGUAUGGCUUGCAUUGGAAGUGGAUCAUCUAAACGUAGCACUAGGAGAAGUGCGGGAAGUGAAGUUGACUUUAAUAAACUUGAAGAAUUGGAACAAGAGGCAAGCAAGAUUGAACCGGCUCCAAAACCUAAAGUUGAUCCCGAAGUUGCAGCCGCUAGAGCCAAAGCGAGACUCGAAGCAAUUGAAAGAAAGAAGGCUGAAAGAAAACUCCAGCUUGAGUUAGCCAAAGCUAGACGAUUAGCGAAUCCGGAACUUUACGCAAAGCGAGCCCCAUCUCCCUUGGUAAGUGUCAAUCUACUCAAGCAGUUGAGUGAGAGUGCAGAGUAUUUCCAAACGGUAACUGGUGAUAGACAAAAGGUUCAAGAGGGGGCUAAGCGGAAACGUACCCAAACUGUAAUAUAUUCACCUGCUGUUGAAGUUAAAUUGAAAACGAGAGCACGUCAAGCACAAAAAUCAGAAUUGAAAAAGAAGUUGUGGGAAGAAGCUAGGUUAAAGAGGGAACUACAACGGAAAUCAAAGAAAUCCGCACCCAAGAAGAGGAGAAAACUUAACAAGAAGGGAAAACACAAUUUUGAUGAUGAGUAUGAGGAAUUUAGUGAUUUCGAUUUCCAGAGCACAGAAACAGAGUCUCAACCGGAAGAAGAGGAAGAUCAUAUCAGUCCCUUUGAUCCACCAGACAUCAAUGCUGACACAUUGGUUCCGUUGAAUGCGCGUCAUUUAUUUUUCAAAGCUAUCUAUGAGGAGCAAGAAAAUGUCAGCUUGCCUCAAUUAAACUUUAGACAUUUGGAACAAGGCGAGACUGCGAAACAUGCAAUGACGACUGAUGAUGGUACCAUAUUAUACGACGAUGAGCUCGCAGCUGAUGUUGUUGGUUCACAUCGUAAAUGUUAUCGUGAUAUGCCAAUCUCAUUCCCCCAGUAUUCUACAUCUCCAGUGACUUCGAUUAAUGGCGACGUCAAUAUCAAUUACGCCAAUAGUGUCAAGGUUCGAUUUUUGCUCUAUCCACAGCAUUGCGAGCUGUUUGUGCUUGCUGAACCAAAGGACAAUGAAUUGGACCCUGUGCACGAAAUCAUCAAGGUGUUUAUGAUCCACUAUGCGUUGUACUUUGACUAUUCAGCAUCAAUAAAAAACUAUAUCAAUGAAUUGUGCCACAAGUUGGAAUUGACGAUUGAGGCCAACGAUUUCAGUGAGUUCAUUUAUGUUCUUGACAUUUGGAACACAUUGAUGUUGGAAUUAUCACCUAAUGAGGAAGCAGUUGCUCAAAUUCUCGCAACUGGUGACGACAUAAAUGCUGGCGCCAGGUCGUUACUCAAUGAGUCUGAAAUUAGACGAGUCAAUACUGAAGAUUUGAAUUUGGAGAUGUUUUACAAUGAAAUUUGUUUUGAGUCAAUUAGUCCCGUGUAUGAGCCCGUUGAGGGGGAAGUUGAAGACAUUGAGGAUGAUGAGAAUGCAGAUAUCUCCAUUGGUAAAAUUGAGCCGCCACCUCAACAUAAUACUCCACUGGAAAGGGGAAUGAAGUGCGUUAAACCAACCAAUUACAAACCAGACUUGUUUAAGCGAUUACGUGAAAAGACAACUUUAUCACGCUACGCUAUCCAGCAGAUCCUCGUUCGUGUUUAUGCACGAGUCGUGUCUACCGAUUCAAGAAAGUUGCGAUCCUACAAAGCAUUCACUGCCGAGGUGUAUGGAGAAUUACUCCCAUCGUUCACCAGUGAAGUAUUGGAAAAAGUGCAAUUGAAACCGACACAGAAAUUUUACGAUUUGGGCUCAGGUGUGGGCAACACUACGUUGCAGGCCGCGUUGGAGUUUGGUGCUUGUAGCUCUGGUGGAUGUGAGAUUAUGGAUCAUGCGUCGCACUUGACCACGUUGCAGGAAAAUUUGAUUCAAAAGCACUUGGCCGUGUUUGGACUAUCGCCAUUGAAUUUAAAGUUUGCUUUGAAGCAAUCAUUUGUCAACAAUGAGCAAGUGCGUCAAGAUUGUCUUGCUUCGGAUGUGUUGAUCAUCAAUAAUUACUUAUUCGAUGGAGAAUUGAAUGAUGCCGUUGGUAAAUUGCUCUAUGGAAUUAAACCAGGGACAAAGAUUAUCAGUUUGAGAAAUUUCAUUAGUCCCAGGUACAGAGCAACCUUUGACACGGCGUUUGAUUUCUUUUCGGUGGAGAAACAUGAGAUGAGUGAUAUCAUGUCGGUUAGUUGGACUGCGAAUAAAGUGCCGUAUUAUAUUUCAACGGUGGAGGAGACUGUCAGACCCGAGUAUUUGGGUAGAGAUGAGUUGAUGGGGGAGUUGAUGUUGCAUGCGAGUAUGUUGCCAAAGUCGGGUACUCCAACCGUUGCAAGCGGCGUAAGCGGUGAAGACGAGAAGGAGGAGGAGGAAGAGGAGGAAGAGGAGGAAGAGAGGGAAGAGGAGGAAGAGGGGGAAGAGGAAGGAAGCGAAAGUGUGUAUGGCAUGGAUGUUGCUGCCAGUGGAGUUGUUGUUGUUGGUGGUGGUGGCGAGCUGACACCACCAACUGACCACAACUCUGACACAGAGAAUGCCAAAAGUAUAAGCUAA